AAAAAAUCUUCAAGUCCCCUCCGAGCGCAUUCCCGCAGGCAUUUACAUAUCCGUCAAUGUUGAUUCCCAUAGACGCUGGAAAUCGGCCAUCAGUGUCUUAUCAUCUGAGGAAUCUGCAGCGUGGGGCGACACUGUGACUCUAUCAUCCCAUACCUCGCCUGCAUUAUCAAUAGAGAUCAGGGCGUCCUAUGAGGCCGGUCGAAUCCUAGGCAGUGGAGAGGUCAUUGGGAAACUUCAAAUGUCAUGGGAUGAGCUACUUGAUCAUGGAGAUGAACCUUUCGCUUUGGCUUUCCCACCCGUCUGCGAUGUCUACCCUUCCCUCACGCUGAAGGCUACCAUUGUACAUGCUUGCAACAAUCAGGAAGGCGCGCUGUCUGAUUCCCUUGUAGACUGCAAGAUCGCUCGAGACACAGAUACGGGCCACGCACAAUUUGCCGCAUACGUGACGAGCAAGACGGUAUCUCACCUGAACGAUGCAGUGCAGCAUUUUCAGUUGGUUCUAGACCAGUGUCUCAUCAGCCAUCCCGACCAUGCAACAGCCCUCACCAACCUUGCGUACGCGCGCCUUCGGGGGUAUAUUUGCAACGAUCUUGAAGAUAUUGAUACCCCCACUUCGCUGUUCCGUGAAGUCCUUGCAUUGCGUCCGCAGUGCCAUCCCGAUCAUCCAUUAUCUCUAUAUAAUCUCACCGAAGCGCUGACUUGGCGCCACAACAAGAAAAGUACUGCUGCCGACAUCUGCGAAUCUGCCAAACUCUAUCAUGAGCUACUGCCUCUCUGUCCAGAGGACACCUACCUUCAUAGCAUCGCAAGCAGGGGCAAAUGGUACGAAUCUGAUGAAGGCAUCCACCUUCGACGAGUUGUCCUCGAGCUCUGUCCUCUGGACCAUCAACACCGUCCCGGAGCCCUCGACAAGCUUGCACAAGCAGUCGAAGCACGCUUUGAUCAGCAUGGCACCGUCGAUGAUCUUGAAAUGGGCAUACAACUUGGUCGUGAAGCCAUGUCUUUGUGCCCCGAGGGACAUACUGACCGUGCUUACUACCUGAACAACUUGGCCUUCUCGCUUAGAUACCGCUUCGAUCACCAAGGCAAACCUAAUGACCUCGAUGAGGCCAUCUCUUUGUAUGAAGAAGCGCUGCGCCUGCGCCCUGUUGGGCACCAAUAUCGUGACAACUCCUUGGACAACCUAGGGGGCGCCCUCAUCAUCCGUUUCAACAAAUGCAACGACAUUGAUGACAUCACCCGAGCUAUCAGCCUCCAUCGCGAGGCACUGACAUUGCGUCCACCUGGGCAUCCAUGUCGUGAUACCACGCUUCACGGCCUUGCCCUCACGCUCGACACCAGAUACGACGAAUUGCAUGUCAUUGAGGAUCUUAAUGAGGCCAUUGAUCGGUAUCGGGAAUCCCUUCGGUUAAAGCGGCAUGACCAUCCCGAGCGCCAUUUAAGUCUUUCCAAUUUGAGCGCGUCGCUCUGCUCUCGUUUUACGCAAACUCGGAAGAAUGAAGAUAUUGAGGAGGCCAUUCAUCUCUGCCGAGAGUCAUUGGUGGCUCUGUCUUCACUGCACCCAGACAGAUGGUUCAGCUACACACGGCUGCAGGAAGCCUAUUUAGCUCGUUACCGGAUUCUACACGACCCUGCUGAUUUGUCGCUCGCUGUAGAGAACUUCAGACUGGCAUCGGGACAUCCUACUCAAGGAUUUCCUCGGCGUAUCACAGAGGCUAUUGAUUGGGCUCAUCAAGCAGAAGUCUAUCAACAUGAAUCUGCCCUGGAAGCAUACCAAAUGUGCUUUGAACUUUUCGACAGCCACGUGAUGACGCGAUCAUCGAUCGUCACACGGCGGGAAGCUGCAACUGCUUUUCGUGGUGCACAAUCACUCCCUGUAGAUGCGGCCUCAUGUGCCAUACGUCGUCACAAUCUACGACAGGCAGUUGAACUUGUGGAGCAGGGCCGUGGCCAGCAGUGGUCGUUGGCCUCUCGACUCAGGACUCCACUGGAAGACCUUAAGUCUGCGUGUCCGCAACUAGCUCAAAAGCUCUUGGGGCUCAACAAGCGCCUAUCUCAUGCUCAGGAUUCGGCAGGCGGUGCUGACCCAGCUGCAGCUGAUCGAGCUGCAACAGAAUAUAGAAUACUUACAGGGCAAUGGGACGCUGCAGUGGCUGAAAUCCGUGAUCUUCAAGCGUUCUCGCGAUUCCUGCUCCCGCCUUCGUACGAAGACUUGCAAGCGGCAGCACGCCAAGGCCCCGUCAUCAUCCUUAUUGCCAGUCAAUAUUCAUGCAGCGCCAUCAUUAUUCCAACCUCAGGAGAACCCCGUCAUAUUCCCUUACCAUCUGUCACUCUCACAGAUCUGAAUAAUCUGAAGGAUCGCUUCGCCAGGGCCAUACGACACGCAUCCAUUAUGGGCCCAAAGGUGCCUCGGAACGAUCUAAUAGUCCUCUUGCGGACAGUAUGGGAAGAGAUCAUGCUACCCAUCGUCAACGUACUCGAGCAUGUCUUGAAGCUAAAGCAUGGCUCUCGAAUCUGGUUGUGUCCAACUGCAGCUUUCACAUUUAUUCCUCUCCAUGCAGCUCACCCCUUUCAAACGAGGGCAGAUCGCUCUAAAGAGCCAUGCCUAGAGGACCUCUACAUCUGCUCUUACACGCCAACACUUUCGGCUCUGGUCAGAUCUAGACAGAUGAUGAAGAAGCGCGUCACUCCAUCUUUCGUGACAAUCGGACAGGGUCAACCGGGUACGGGGAAAGGCAAGGCGCUCUUGGCUGUCGACAGCGAGCUCGAGCUUGUCCAUAAGCUCGUCCCUGCGACGGCCAACCGUACCACUAUUUCUGGUGACGCAGCCACACGAGCAGGCGCACUCAAAGCUUUGGAGGAGAAUACCUGGGUGCACCUCGCUUGCCAUGGAAAGCAGGACCCUACGCAGCCUUACAAUUCCCACUUCGUCAUGAGAGACGAACAUCUGACGCUGCUCGAUAUCAUGGAGAAACAUAUUCCACACGCCGAGUUCGCAUUCUUAUCCGCUUGUCAUACCGCCGUCGGCGAUAAGGAGACUCCCGACGAAGUGAUUCACCUCGCAGCUGGUCUCCAGUUUUCGGGGUUCAAGAGCGUCAUUGGCACGCUGUGGGAGGUCGACGAUUCUGUCGCAAAGCACGUUGUCAAAGCGUUCUACGAGAAUUUGUUCGAUGGUUUAAAGGAGGGUGUCAUGGACUGUACGAAGGCGGCCUGGGCACUCAACCGUGCUACGCACGCUGUGAAGACGAAAGUGCCGCUUGAGCAGAGGAUGGUUUUCAUUCAUAUCGGUGUAUAGUUCCUGCUGUAUUGGUAUGGUUUCACGUGUUCUUUGUAUCGCUUUCUUUUUCGUCCCCAAUGUACUUCAAGUUGUUGCAAUUACUGAAUUAGCCUGUUACAUACGUCUGUCAUGUACUUACUAUAUGCUACCUUGUUUUACUGAUAAUGCGUCAUUUAUUAUUAGUGGCAAACAAGUGAUUCACGGCGGAGUAGCAUGAAUUGAUAUGUAGAAAGAAGGCU